AUGCCAAGAACAAAGGAUGGGAAACAAAAAUCGAAAGGAGCACCCUUGCCCAUUGUUCACAUUCUUCAAAAGCUCCUGAAAACAUAUGAGCAGUACUGCACACAGUCUCAGACAUCCAUGUGUCCAGCCAUUAAAAAGGACCUGAAAACCAGCAUCAACAAUGAACGGAUUCUCAGGAAAUUUAUCCUGUCAAAACCUGGCAACCCUGGGGCAAGCUUGCUACCAGUGUCCUUGGAACCCUUGCUCAUGGCCAUCCGAGAUGAGUGUUACACUCUGGGGAAAGAGCUGUGCGUCUGGGGCCUUCAGCUGAGCAACCCAGAGGUUGCCAGACUUGCGCUGUUCCUGGAAUGGAAGGGGCGAACCACCUGCCCCUUUACCAGCUUGGAAAUCAUUGAUUGCCAGAUGGGGCCAUGGUCUGUACAGAGACUGGGGAAGGCUCUCCAGUUCAGCAGUUUGUUCUCCCUGGCCCUCGACUACUGCAGAUUUGGAAAUGAGGGAAUUGAGACCCUGUUCUCUGGCCUGGAGAUCAACCACCGGCUGCACGGCCUCAGUCUGCGCUACUGUGGGCUGGGGCCUCAGAGUGGGCCCAUGCUGGGCGCGCUUGUAAGCCGGAGCGCCAUUUGUGAGCUGCAUCUGGAUGGCAAUUACUUGCAAUGUUCCGGAGCCCUGGCGCUUCUCAGACCCUUAGCCGAGUUUGCAGAGAUGCAGAGGAAAGACCAGGCAGCCACGUGCUCACCAGACGCCAAAAAGUCCCCUCCGCUUCUCCACAUGUUUUGGAAUUCUCAAGAAACAGCACAAGGUGCCCAGAGCCCGCCCUCUGCACCACCGCCAACGACCCAGUUUGGGAGGGGGCAGGAGCUACAGAAGCUGGGGGGGGAGGGCAUCGCUGAGAUUCCUGAUGUGGGCAUCGACCCAGAUGGCGUCUUCAAAUACGUGUUGAUUCGAGUCCACACGGUGCCACAAGCCACGGAGAGCAAGUGGGCCGAGUACCAUGCCGACAUCUACGACAAGGUGUCGGGGGAGCUACAGAGACGGGGCUUCGACUGUGAGUGGCUGGGCGGCGGGCGCAUCUGCCACCAGAGCCAGGACAAGACGAUCCACGCGUGCGGCUACUGCAUGGGCUACGGGCGCGCCCAGCACUCCAUCUCCACAGAGAAAAUCAAGUCCAAGUACCCCGACUGUGAGGUCACCUGGGCAGACGACGGCUACUGA